CGACAAUCGAUGCAAACUCACGAGUAAGCCGAGUACCCGAGUGUAAACAAUCGAUUACGUCGCCAGUGGCCAUUUUGUUUUUUUAAAGUAUUAAAAAAACUGGCGUGGGUAUUAGUUGCUACAUCACUUAAAUAACUGUGCGAUUGAAUAUUUCAAUAUUCGGCGGUUCUUGAGAAAAGUGCCGUGAAGGAAUUUAAAAAAUGUCAAUUGAAUACUUGCAAGUUGCCGAGGAAGAAGGAGAAGAACCAAUAGAAUUACCCAGUGAAGAUGAUGGAACUCUGUUACUUAGUACAUUAUCCGCUCAAUUUCCAGGGGCUUCUGGGUUGAAGUAUAAGGCCCCCGAAAGCAAAACCUUUAGAGGCGUGCGACUAACUGAAGGAAGACUUCAUCCUCCUCCAGAUAGCGGAUGGGGCACAUACGUAUAUUAUUGUGUUUUUCCUAAAGAGAAUAAGAGAAAGAGUGAUGACAAUCUGGAGAAUUCGACUGCAAAAACUAAACGAAUGGAAACUAAGUUACGUUGUACAGAUUUGAUAGUACUUGGUUUGCCAUGGAAAACGACUGAACAGAAUUUGAGGGAAUAUUUUGAGACAUUUGGGGAAGUGUUGAUGGCACAAGUAAAGAAAGAUGUCAAAACACAGCAGUCCAAAGGAUUUGGAUUUAUCAGGUUUGGAUCGUAUGAAUCUCAGAUGAGAGUUUUAGCGCAAAGGCAUAUGAUUGAUGGAAGGUGGUGUGAUGUGAAAGUUCCAAACUCUAAAGAAGGUUUUAUUCAACAAGUACCUUGCAAAGUUUUCAUUGGAAGAUGUACAGAAGAUUUAACUGCGGACGACCUCAAGGAUUACUUUGGCAAGUACGGGGAGGUAACGGACGUGUUCAUACCGAAACCAUUCAGGGCUUUCAGUUUCGUCACGUUCUUGGAUCCUGAAGUAGCUCAGUCUCUUUGCGGAGAAGAUCAUAUUAUCAAAGGAGUUUCGGUGCAUGUGUCUAAUGCAGCUCCCAAAUCCGAUACUAGGGGCGGCGGUGGUCCUAGGGGUGAAAGGGGGGGAGGUGGUGGUAGUGGCUAUGGCAGCCAAAACCGUGGAGGGCUUUCUCAAGGUGGCCCUGAUGGUGGCAUGUACAACCAGAGAUACAAUGGUCCUGGACCUAACCAAGGCGGAUGGGGAAAUCAAGGGGGCCCACGAGGAAAUAUUGACAUGCCAAAUUUACAGACGUUAGGUAUAACAGGUCAAGGACAGCAGGGUAGUAACCAAGGUAACUGCAAUCCGCUUGGUCUCGGAUUGAACGCUUUGAGUGCUCUUCCUAUGAAUCCCGCUUUGGUAGCAGCCGCCCUCAAUCAAGCAGGAUGGGGUCUGAUUGGUAAUUUACAAAACCAGGCCGAACCUAAUUUCAACCAAGGAUUUGGCAAUGGUCCCAGUAACAGUAACCCAACAAACCAAAAUGGCGGCGGUCAAAGAGGAACCAAUCCUGGAUUUUUAAAUUGGAUGAAUCAAGGUGGUGGGGGCGGUAGUGGGGCUGGCAGUGUAGCAGGAGUCGGUCAAAACAAUCCUGAUGGACAAUGGUCCAGACAACCACAAUCUAAUCAAGAUAAAGGAUUUCUGAAAUACGAUUGAAAUCUUUGUUGACGCUCUUCUCAUCAUCAGAACUCGGGAAGAAAUAAUACUUUUUUUUUCUGUUAUUUAUUCAGUCCAACUUUUACUAAAAAAAACAACCCAGUGCAAGUUCUAGAAAGAUAUUUUAAGUUGACUGAAAAUUAUUUUAUUUGUAUUUAAUGAUUGUUUGGGAACCAUGUUUGAUAAGAUGAUUGAGUUUUGGUUAUUGUGUGGCAUAAUUCAACUGUUUUGAGGUCUUAUGGUAUCCCAUUAUUUUAUGUAUGCAUGAUAUAUAACCUAGCGUGAUUUGAAAUUAUGACAUUUUCAUGGUGAAGAGAUUUUGUGUAUGGGAAUGAAUAUGUGGAGUGUUACUGUAAUUUAAUUUUAGGUAUAUAUGGAAGUAAUGCUAGUUGAAUAAAUAAAACGAUUGUUCAUUU